AACAAGCCCGAGACCCGCCUUUUCCCUCCGGCUCCGGAGCGUCUCGCUCGCGCUCCGAGCCCGCGGCGCCCGCGCGGCUGCGAGCCUCGAGUGGCUGCGUCCCGGCUCCAGGAAGCCGGGGAGGGCGCGGCGGCCGGGAUGGCGCGGCGCGGGCCGCGCGGCUGGACGGGAGCCUGAGGAGCCGCCGGCCCGCGCCCUCGGUCCUCGGCCUCCCGGCACCGCGGGGAGCCGCCUUCGCCGCUGCGGGGCACCUGGACGCUCGCGAGAUGCCCAACCCCAAAAACAGUAAAGGCGGCCGCAAAAACAAGCGCGCCAACAGCAGCGGGGACGAGCAGGAAAAUGGAGCCGGGGCCCUGGCAGCGGCGGGCGCGGCGGCCGGGGGGGCCCUGGCGGCAGCGGCCGGCUGCGGAGCGGCCGCUGCUGGCGCGCCGGGCACCGUGGGCGCCGCGGGCGCGGGAGGCGCGGGGCCGGGCGCCGCCAACGCCGCAGCCGCCGCGGGGGCUGCAGCCGCCGGAGAAGCCAAGAACGAAGCCCCUUGUGCCACGCCCCUGAUCUGCAGCUUUGGGAGGCCGGUUGACCUGGAGAAGGACGACUACCAGAAGGUGGUGUGCAACAACGAGCAUUGCCCCUACAGCACCUGGAUGCACCUGCAGUGUUUCUAUGAGUGGGAGAGCAGCAUCCUGGUGCAGUUCAACUGCAUCGGCCGGGCCCGCAGCUGGAAUGAGAAGCAGUGCCGCCAGAACAUGUGGACCAAGAAGGGCUAUGACCUGGCCUUCCGCUUCUGCUCCUGCCGCUGCGGCCAGGGCCACUUGAAGAAGGACACGGACUGGUACCAGGUGAAGCGGAUGCAGGAUGAGAAAAAGAAGAAGUCGGGCUCAGAGAAGAACACGGGGAGGCCCCCUGGCGAGCCAGUGGAGGAGGCCAAAAAGUGCCGGCCACCCGCCAAGCCUCAGAAGGGCUUGACCCACGACCUCCCGCGCCGGCACUCCAUGGACCGGCAGAACUCGCAGGAGAAGGGCGGCGGGGCGGCCUACGGGGCGCGCUCCCCCUGUGGCUCCCCGGGCCAGUCCCCACCCACCGGCUACUCCAUCCUCUCCCCUGCGCACUUCAGCGGCCCCCGAUCGUCCAGGUACCUUGGGGAGUUCCUGAAGAACGCCAUCCACCUGGAGCCUCACAAAAAGGCCCUGGCGGGCGGCCACGUGUUCAGAAACGCGCACUUUGAUUACAGUCCAGCAGGGUUGUCAGUGCACAGGGGGGGCCACUUCGACGCGCCCGUGCAGUUCCUGCGGCGCCUGGACCUGUCCGAGCUCCUCACUCACAUCCCCCGCCAUAAGCUAAACACUUUCCACGUGCGGAUGGAGGACGAUGCCCAGAUGGGCCAGGGCGAGGAUCUGCGGAAGUUCAUCCUCGCAGCCCUCAGCGCCAGCCACAGAAACAUGGUGAACUGUGCCCUGUGCCACCGGGCGCUCCCGGUGUUCGAGCAGUUCCCGCUGGUGGAUGGAACUCUGUUCUUAAGCCCCUCGAGACACGAUGAGAUCGAAUACGAUGUUCCCUGUCACCUUCAAGGGAGGCUCAUGCACCUGUAUGCGGUGUGUGUGGACUGCCUGGAAGGGGUUCACAAGAUCAUCUGCAUCAAGUGUAAGUCACGGUGGGACGGCAGCUGGCACCAGCUGGGCACCAUGUACACCUAUGACAUCCUGGCCGCCUCUCCAUGCUGUCAGGCCCGCCUGAACUGCAAGCACUGCGGGAAGCCGGUGAUCGACGUGCGGAUCGGGAUGCAGUACUUCUCCGAGUACAGCAACGUCCAGCAGUGUCCACACUGUGGCAACCUGGACUACCAUUUCGUGAAGCCAUUUUCCUCCUUCAAAGUUCUUGAAGCUUAUUGAUGAAAGCUUUGCUUUAGUAAUAAUAGCUAUUUUAUUGAUAUUAUUACUUUAUUACAUAUCUUUUCUAGGGAAGCCUUCUGUGACAUUAAUUUCUUUUCUAAUUUAAAGGAGAGUUCCUUUGUGUGUGUGUGCCACCAAAAGGGGGCUGCCCCUUGCCCCCCCUUGACUCCCAAGUGUUAGUCUGUGGUCAUGACCAGAGCCCAGCUGGGUGCUCCUUGAGCUUGGGGGAGCGGUUCACUAUCAGUAAGAGUUUCUCAGGCAGCUUUUAAAGUGGUGGGGAGGAUGGGGCGAAUUUAGGAAAGGGAUUAUGUGGUCAUAAACUGAGAGCACUGUAGGAGUUGGGAAGAAACUCUUACUAAAAUGUUAACUAUCUAAAGACCCACUUUUAGAUCUUCUCUGGGCCUUGGGAGAAACGUGACAAGUGAAUGUAUGUCUGUGCCUGGAGAGCUGAUGGUGUAAUAGUUUACCUUGGCUUAGCGUUCGUUCGGCAGCACACACUGACCUGCAGUUUCCCUUCACUGACAGAUUACUGCAAAGUGGACAUGAGCCCUGAUUCUCUCCCUGUUGUAUUUUAGCAGCCAGUUUUCAUACUGAAAAUAAUAUCCAAAUUAUAAGACAUGUGAAAGCUGUUGGUAUUGUGCAUAUUUUUAGGUAAGCUGACCUUUAACAAAAAGAAUCUGCUAAAUGAAUUUGGAAAUGAUGCAUACCAACUCAAGAGGGCAGAAAGGCAGAAUCCUGUCAUUUGAAUUGUGUCUUUGAAGUUGGUCAAACAGGCUCUUAAGGGAAAUCCAUGAAUGACAUGAUUUGGGUGGUACUGGUUUUUAUAUAUAGGUCAUGCUGUCUAAGUGCCACUUGAUGCCAGAUCCUUCUCACAGAUAAAUCUCACAGCUACAGACCCUGACUGGUAAGUUUCAAAACCAAUCGUUGUCACACUUAAUCUUCCCCCCAAAGUGCUUAUGGCUGCUUUUUACCCAUUUAAUGCUGAGUUUCCAAAAUCAAAGAUUUGACCCUAAGAAGGAAACAAAAAAAUUAUUUUUGAGGCUAUGAGGAAAAUAAUAAUUUUGAUGUUUCUUUUUAAAGUCUUUUUCUUAUUUUGAAAAAUCAUUGAUUAUAAUAUGUAACAGUAUGUUUGAAAAUAGAUUAUUCUGAAAAUCUCCAUGAUACCUUUCCACUGGUUUUUGAAAAAGGUGAUAAUUUAUAGAACUUGAUUAAUUACAACAUUGAGCUUUCCAAAGUACAGCCUCUGUUCAUUAGUUCAUUUUAGACGGACACCCCCAUACCUUACAGAUCUGAAAUUGAAAUAUGAUUUCUUAAAAAUGAAUUUGAUAAUUUCAAGUGUGACAUGCAUAUAUGCUAAAAGAAUGCUAAAAAUAUUAUCCUUUUAUGGGAAGCUAAAUUUGGGAGUAUGUGAGCAUUUUAAUGUACACCAUUUUUUUCCCCUCAGAAAACAGUUGUUUUUUUCCUCUCAGAAAUGUGUAGGUAUUAUUGCAAGUGAGUUUCAGUUCUGCUACAUGGAGUAUUUGAUGUUUUAUUUGAAAGAAUACAGCACUAAAGAACUGAUAGAUUGACCAAUUAUUCAUCUUUUGGUUUGGAUGAUUAUAAUUCAGCUGACCACAUCUAGUUUGAUGUUUGAUGAUCUGAAAAAUAUUUCACAGUGGUGAGAAAUGCUCAAAGGCUGUACGACGCAGAAAAUUGUUAUUGGUCUGACAGUACUUGAUGCAACAAGAAGGGGCCUAUAGUACGUAGCCCUUGAAAACCUGUCUUUAAUACGCAAAGCUGUAACUGAAUUAGCUGUUUCCCUAUUGAUUCUCUUUUGUAUCCAGGUAUAAAAAUUGGUGAAUUUCUCUUCAGAGUACCAUUGGAUUUUAUUUCUGAGUUUAAAAUGAAUAGUAAAAUAUUUGUAAUGCUGUUCUUAAACCCACCUAAAUUUCUAAAGAGAAACCUGCUUAUAUUGUUGCUCUGAAGCUUCACAUUUACGUCCAGAUCACAUUCCGCAAGCUCCUCAGCCUAAAACUGCUGCAAGUGUAGUGUCUGAUGCAUUCAAUAUUUUCUUCUUAUGUCAUUUUCUACUGAGAAAUAAGUAUGAUGAUAUUUCAGUGUAAUUGAGAAAAAAAAUUUGCUUUUGGCUUUUAUUUUGAGGAUUAAGUUAGGAAUCUAUGGAGGUUAUAUAAAAGGAGAAGCAUAGGUAUCCUAUCUGAGACUGUCUGUUGCUGUUAAGGUAUUUCAUUCUUGUCUAAAAUGGAAAAUUUGGCUGAUUUGAGAAUAAAAUAUAGUUGAGUAUACAACCAUGUGAAGAAUAAAUCUUAUUUUGGAA